GUCUCCCAGAUAUAUUUUUUGUAAUAUGUAGGCUCACUUGGGAACUAGAGCAAGACACCCAGCAGAAGCAUGAGGAGAAUGUUUUGAACGGCGAGGAUAAGACCAAACCUUCACGACCCUUUGGACUCCCGCAGACUAAACGCUAGUGUGGGUAGAAUUAGUAAUCGAUGAAGAAAUGUCUAUAUGUAGUCUCCACUGUAGCUUUGCUCUGAACUGAAGACGUAGGAUAGAAACGUUGCACUGUAUUAGCUUAUAAAUAGCGAAGGAAUGUGAAAACGGUCGCAGAGGCUAAGCUGCGAAAAGGCUGUAAAGGAAACUGGUACCACCGCGGCGGCAGGAAGCAAGAUUAUAAAGUAAAAGAUAAAGGUAUCUUUGAAGGUCGAAUCUGUAAUGGUGGACGGCUUGGCAGGAUGCAAAGUUUACUGCUGAUUUAUGAUGCAUGGAGGGAGUUAACUUGAACACACAUACCACUGCAGAACACACAGUCUUUCUCUAGACUCCUGCUGCCAUCAUGUUCAGGAACAGCCUGAAGAUGCUUCUGGGGGGCAAGGCCAGCAAGAAAAGCCGCAACAGCAGCGAUGGAGGGAACGAUGAGCUCAGCGAGUUACGGAGCGCCAGCCUAGACCCGCAUCACAGUCUCGCCGAGCAAGGUGGCAGUAUAGACAGCGACUGUGCCUUUGAAGGAGACUACGCUGUGCCAUCUCUCACCAUGGCCGAGGGGCUGCAGCACAUCCGCAUCAUGGAGGGCAUGUCCCGCUCUCUCCCAUCCUCUCCACUGCUCUCUCACCAAGUAGCCGGAGUGCGACUGCAGCCUGGAAAGAAGCGCGCCAGCACAGACACAGGGGGGGUAAGUCAGGAGCUUGAUCCCCCUCCCACAGUGGAUGAGGCUGCCAACACGUUGAUGACUCGGCUUGGCUUCCUGCUCGGAGACAAAGUGAUCGAGGGGCCUCAGGGGUCUCAGUACAGCAUGGAGGAGGCUGAUGACACACAGGGUGUGGGCGUGAGUGGAAGGAUGAGCCCAUGCUCCACCCUCACCAGCAGUACUGCGUCCCCUCCAGCAUGCAGCCCCUGCUCCACUCUCCCUCCCGGAGUGCCAGGGCAGGCUGUCACCAGCCCAACCUCCACCCUGGAGAGCAGAGACAGUGGCAUUAUCGCCACCCUGACCAGCUACUCAGAGCCUGCAGAGCGGGGUGGGAAACAUAGCGAGGGCUCGCGCGCCAGCAGCCUCAAACUCUGGCACUCGCACCGUGCCACGCUUGAUUCCAGCCUCUACCGCCUCGAUGAGAAUAUGGCCGCCUCCACGCACAGCCUGAACAAGAUCCCUGAGCCUGGCUCCGCCCAUGGCUUCUCUUACCCCACCCCCCUCUACCUCAUGCCCCGCCCCAACUCUGUGGCAGCCACUAGCUCAGCUCACCUGGAGGACCUAGCCUACCUGGAUGAGCAGAGACACGCCCCCCUGCGCACCUCGCUGCGUAUGACCCGACAAAAUAACAUGGCUGCUGGACGCUCGGGCCAGGACUUGAGAGUGCGAUUCGCCCCAUACAGACUCCAGGAUAUAGCACUAAAGCCGCUGCUCUUCGAGGUGCCCAGUAUCACCAUGGACUCUGUGUUCACGGGACGGGACUGGCUCUUCCAGGAGAUUGACACACAGCUGGCGCAGCCGAACCCUGCCUCCAACCGCGGGGUUGUCCUGGUGGGCAACGUGGGUUUCGGCAAGACGGCCAUCAUCUCCCGUCUGGUAGCACUCAGCUGCCAUGGCAACCGCAUGAGGCAGAUCGCUUCUGACAGUCCACAGGCCUCACCCAAAUUAGAUGGAGAUGCGAUCCCCCUCACACAGUCGCAGGCCUCCCAUGGAACUCUGGGAGGUGGCAGCUGCCCUGGGACCCCAGAGAUGAGAAGGAGACAAGAGGAGGCCAUGAGGAGACUAGCAUCUCAGGUGGUAGCCUACCACUACUGCCAGGCAGACAACGCCUACACGUGCCUGGUGCCAGAGUUUGUGCACAACGUGGCGGCGCUGCUGUGCCGCUCACCUCAGCUGAGCGCUUACCGGGAGCUCCUGCUGAAGGAGCCGCACACACAGAGCGCACUCAGUCUGCGCUCGUGUGUGCAAGACCCACUCGCCGCUCUCCGCCGAGGAGUCCUUGAGCCGCUGGAUGCACUUUAUAAAGAGAGGAAGAUCACCACAGAAGAGGACCUCAUCAUCCUCAUAGAUGGUCUGAAUGAAGCGGAGUUCCACAAACCUGACUAUGGUGACACCAUUGUCUCAUUCCUUUGUAAAACCAUCAGCAGGUUUCCAGCCUGGCUCAAGCUGCUGGUGACUGUCAGAACCUCUCUGCAGGACAUCACCAGACCACUUCCCUUCCACCGCAUCUCGUUGGACGCUCUGGAGGAGAAUGACGCCAUCGACCAGGACCUGCAGGCCUACAUCCUGCACCGCGUGCACAGCAGUGCGGAGAUACAGAACAACAUCUCGCUUAACGGCAAGAUGGAUAAUGCCAGCUUCGGCAAGCUCAGCGCCCACCUCAAGGCCCUCAGCCAGGGCUCCUACCUCUACCUGAAGCUCACCUUUGACCUGAUCGAGCGUGGCUACCUGGUGCUGAAGAGCUCCGGCUACAAGGUGGUGCCGGUGAGCCUGGCGGAGGUGUACCUGCUGCAGUGCAACAUGCGCUUCCCCACGCAGUCGUCGUUCGAGCGCGCCUUGCCCCUGCUCAAUGUGGCGCUGGCCUCACUGCACCCGCUGACCGACGAGCAGGUGUACCAGGCCAUCAAUGCUGGCUCGGUGCAUGGCACGCUGGAGUGGGAGGACUUUCAACAGCGCAUGGAGAACCUGGCCAUCUUCCUGGUAAGGAGGCGCGACGGAACACGUAUGUUCGUGCACCCCUCCUUCAGGGAGUGGCUCAUCUGGAGGGAAGAAGGGGAGAAGACCAAGUUCCUGUGCGAUCCCAGGAAUGGCCACACUCUGCUGGCUUUCUGGUUCUCCAGACAGCAGAAUAAACUCAACAGACAGCAGACUAUAGAACUAGGACAUCACAUACUCAAAGCACAUAUAUUUAAGGGCCUGAGUAAGAAAGUGGGGGUCUCCUCAUCCAUCCUGCAGGGGCUGUGGGUAUCUUACAGCACAGAGAGCCUGUCUACUGCUUUAUCCUCCCUAAGAAACCUCUACACUCCUAACAUCAAGGUAUCGCGGCUGCUGAUGAUGGGCGGGGCCAACGUCAACUACCGGACAGAAGUUCUGACAAAUGCGCCCGUACUGUGUGUACAUGCGCAUUUGGGCUACGGUGACAUGGUGAACCUACUACUGGAGUUCGGCGCCAGUGUGGACUCGCCGUCCGAGAGUGGCAUGACGCCAUUGGUCUAUGCCGCCGCCGCUGGCCACCUGGGGAUCGUCAACGCCCUCUGCAGGAGGAAGGCAAAGCUUGACCACCUGGACAGGAACGGCCAGUGCUCGCUGGUGCACGCGGCUCUAAGGGGGCACCUGGAUGUGGUGAAGUUCCUCCUGCAGAGCGACUGGGGUGCGGCAUGGAAGCAAGCCCAGCUUUUCACCCCCUCGCCCACCGAGCCACAAGCCUCCCCUGAGCUGUCCCAGCCACCCAGCCCCCAGCAGCCUGAAAAGGAGUCGCAGUCAACGCAGGAUGACUCCCAGGAGGAGGGCGAGAGGGAGGGCGAGCUGCCCACCCAGGACUCUGAGCCCCAGGAGGAGGUGGAGCAAAAGCCCCAGCAAGCUCCACCUCAGCAACAGAGUCCGCCCCAGAACAUAGCCUCCAGCAAGAGCCAUGGGGUGCAACAAGCUCUGAUAGCAGCAGCUAGCAUGGGCUUUAUUGAGAUUGUGUCUUACCUGCUUGACCUGCCUGAGAAAGAUGAAGAGGAAACAGUGCGUGCUCAGAUCAAUAACUCUGACACUCUGUGGGGAGAGACAGCACUGACUGCGGCAGCAGGGCGGGGCAAGCUGGACAUUUGCCGGCUGCUAUUGGAACAGGGCUCUGAGGUGGCCCAACCAAAUCGCAGGGGGAUGGUACCUCUCUUCAGCUCUGUACGCCAGGGCCACUGGCAGAUCGUGGACUUGUUGCUGAGUCAUGGGGCUGACGUGAACAUGGCGGAUAAGCAGGGGCGCAGUCCUCUGAUGAUGGCUGCUGCAGAGGGACAUGUGGAGACAGUGGAGUACCUGCUGGCUCAAGGUGCAUUGAUGCCUCUAAUGGAUAAGGAGGGACUUACUGCUCUCAGCUGGGCAUGUCUAAAAGGACACUUGUCUGUGGUUCGCUGCCUGGUAGAAAGGGGUGCGGCCACAGACCAUGCUGAUAAAAAUGGGCGCACGCCCCUUGACCUGGCUGCCUUUUAUGGAGACGCAGAUGUGGUGCAGUUCCUUGUGGAUCAGGGGGCCCUGAUUGAACAUGUGGACUACAGUGGCAUGCGUCCACUGGACCGGGCCGUGGGCUGUCGGAAUACAUCAGUUGUGGUGGCCCUCCUCAAGAAUGGAGCCAAGAUCGGAUGUCAGACGUUGCCGAGUCGGCACAGAGGAGGUCCAGCUACUUGGGCGAUGGCGACCUCAAAACCAGACAUCAUGAUUAUCCUGCUGAGGAAGCUCAUCGAGGAAGGGGACGGAUUCUACAAGAAGGGCAAAGUGAAGGAAGCAGCCCAGCGUUAUCAGUAUGCUUUGAAGAAAUUCCCCCGUGAAGGUUUCAGUGAAGACUUGAAGACAUUCCGAGAGCUCAAAGUGUCCCUGUUCCUGAAUCUGUCCCGCUGCCGCAGGAAAAUGAAUGACUUUGGGAUGGCGGAAGAGUUUGCUACCAAAGCUCUCGAAUUGAAACCCAAGUCUUACGAAUCCUACUAUGCUAGAGCCCGUGCUAAACGCAGCAGCAGGCAGUUCUCAGAGGCUCUAGAAGACCUCAGGGAAGCCAUGAAGCUGUGUCCUAACAACCGAGAGAUCCUGCGCCUACUGCAGCGUGUGGAGGAAGAGUGUAGGCAAGUCACCCAGAGAGAGGAGCCUGAGCUGGAACCCCCACCCUCCCCUCCCCCAUCCCCUUUACCUGUGGAAGAGGAGGAGGAGCCACCUCAUCAUACGCCACCCCCCGAACCAAGACUGGAUGACAUGGAACCCGUUCAGGACCUUUUCGAGGAUGACGACUUCCUGGAGCAGGAGCUGGAGGGUGUGUCCAUCAGCCUUCCCCUGGAACCACGUGUCAACCCAUCCAGCCUGCCAAUCAUCCACAGCCCACCCCUCUCCCCCAUCCCUCACGAGACCGCCUACUUAUCCGGAGGCCAGGCGUUCGAAUUCCAUCCAAGCGGCACUUCCAUGUCGUCGCCGACUCACCAGACCUACCAGUCCACCUCACCUUGUGUCUCUCCCACACACCAGAACUCCCAUUACCGUCACAGUCCUCCGCACACCUCUCCUGCACACCAGGCAUCUUACCGCUUCAGCCCUCCGCCUAUGAGUGGCGGGGGACAGGGGAUGGACUACCAGAGCCCCCCACCUUCCCCUCUUCGUCGUGGGACGCCAUACAGAGCUAGUCCCCCUUUGGAGAGUGUGUGCCUCUACCGCUCACAGUCGGGAUCUCCAGUCCGCUACCAGCAGGAGCCCCUGCCCAGCCGCCCCAAAUCGCCCCUGUCCAAGAUGAGCACCCAGCGCUCCUUCCAGCUGCAGUCGCAGCCUUCGCAGUGCUCCCAGACCUCGCAGCACCACCAGGCCCAGGGCCUCCGCCUGCAGCCCUCUGUGGCUCAGAUCGUGCGCACCAACCAGCCCGGGGGAGGCAUCUACGGGCAGCUGGCCCAUCCGCUAAGCAGCAGGUAUCAGGGCAGCUCCAUGGAUGUGGAGCGGGAGCGCGAACCCCGUCUGGUGUACCAGCCCUCUCUCGAUGGGAGGUCCAUGUCUCAGGUGCAGUCUAGCCUCAGCGUGGGGGCCCUGUGCCAGCACGGCGGGAGAGGUGCGGCAGGUGUUCUCGAGCCCUCCCUGGGCAAAGAUGAUGUCCCUCAGCGACCUGCCUCGGCCUACCGCUCUGCUACUGGGGGCCCAGGGGGCAUGCGUUUCAGCCAAACGCCACAGAUCAGCCGCAGCCAGUCAGCAGCAUACUACCCCGUCUCGAAGCAUGAGCUAGAGAGGGCCGUGGCGGCAUCCUCCAUGCCGCCGUGCCAGCUGGGCUCACCUGAGAUCCCGCACCUGGCACGCCGGCCCAUCAGCGCCAACACAGGCGACCUGAAGCAGCAUGUUCCCACCCCUAGGCCCCUCAUCCACUCACAGAGCGUGGGCCUGCGUUUCUCCCCCUCCAGCAGCAACAUCUCGUCGGGCUCCGGCGCUAAUCUACCCCCUGGCUUCCGGCCUUCCUCCUCCAUGGCCCAGAUGGAGAUCCCACUGCAGGCGGCGUAUGAGCGCAGCUUCGACGAGCCGUCCUCACUGUCACCAUCACAAAGCGGCCUGUAUCCCGGCGAGCCAGCCCGCUCCCGGACCACGCCCUUCAUGGGCAUAAUCGACAAGACGGCGCGGACUCAGCAGCAGUACCUGCACCAGCCAUCGCGUGCCUGGCCCAUCACGGCCCUCGACAACGUCAUCACCAGCCCAACGUCGCCUGGGAGCCUGAUGCACCAGGCAUCCACUGCCACCUCCUACAGCCCACCCACCUCGCUAGGCAACAUCGCCUACUACAACAAGACCAACAACGCCCAGAAUGGGCACAUGUUGGAGGACGAAUACUAUGGCCAGCCGCAGCCUUCGUCCCUGGGCAAGUUGGCCAAUGGAGGGGCUCGCGACCGGGACCUCCUAGAGCGGGUCAGCCAGGUGCCCACGUACCAGGAUGUGAAGGUGGCUCGGACGAUGCCCGUGGCACAGGCAUACCAGGAGAACAUGUAUCGCCAACUCUCACGUGAUGCUCGGCAAGGCCCCACCUCGCCCAUCAAACCAAAGAGACCCUUUGUGGAGUCAAAUGUGUAAUAGAGGCCUGUAGAGCAUAGAGGGUGUAUGAUGAAGGAAUGAGUGUGUGUGGGUUAUUUUUGCUGUGUUAUGAUGGAUCACGGUAAAAACAGGCAAUUAUAAGUCAGUAUUUGAAACUUACCAAACCAGGGAGAGUAAUGCAUUGCUGCUUCUGAUGCCCUUAUCUGUGCCUAUUUCAGAUGUACGUGGGCAGAAGCUUGUUUUAGUUUUGAGGCUAAGUUUAGAUAGAGUGAAAGACUUAAAGACACUGGGAUUUCAGAAUCCCCUGAAUAUAAUAUUAACAACUGAAUGUUCUUUACAGUUCUGCACAUUAUGUGAAAGCACAUUUCUGAACCUCCCCUGAUUUGAAGCCACAAAUGCACACACAGUUUGAGGAGUUGUGUGUGUCUUACUCUUCGUACUCCAUAUGAGUGUGAGUGAGCGUCUGGAGUGGACAACACUGCAUGAGUCAGGGACUCUACAUGAAUCUACGCGCUCAACUCGUUUCCUCUCUCCACUAGGCAAUUCAAAACAGGACUACUAGGCCUUCCAUAAUAUAUAAUGUUGGAUUGUUCAAUGCUAUAAAGACAAAUGAACUCCUAAAUUCUGACACAAAUAACUAACCACUAAGCUAUAGCUGCAGAAAGAAAACAGGAAUAUUUAUAACGGAGUUAGAUAACAUAUAGGAAUAUUAAAGUAUAAACAUAGUUUCUGUGUUUGUUUUAUUUUGAGUUGUCUUUAUUUUUGUAUUUUUUGUUUUUUGGAGAAAUGGUACAUAUUAUUUUGGGAAAUGCAGAUUCAGAGUUUAUGAACUUAGAGUGGGGAAUGUACACUUAUACAAUGCUUUCAAAGCUUCCUUACAAGAGUAAUAUUCUGGAUUUACAGUUGCAUAGCUUACAGUUGCAGUAACAAUGUGUUAAUGCUUAAUGAGCCUAUCCAGAAAUAACCUGCCUGGUUUGAGAAUAUGUUUGUUGUCUCUGAUUGUUUUAAUUAAUUACUAGAAACUGAAGCUAAAGUAAUCAUUUGUUCAAAUUGUUCUUAGAACAAGUGCUCAGUAGACCAGAGAACUGGGAAAUUAGCUUUGCCAAUCAUACUGUUCUAUCUGGCAACACAUUGUUUUCUUAUAAACCAUCUGAAUUGUUUCUGUAAAUGGAACAUCCCAUCUGUCUCAAAGGUUGUACAUGCCCCUCUCUGCAUAGUGUUUUGGGGGUGUCUGAAAGGUGAUUGAUGGUAGUAAUAGAUUUCUUUUUUAUUUUUAAACUAUUUCAAAUGUAUUGUUCUCAGAUAUGAAAAAAUAUUAGUAUAUUUAUCUACAGUAUAUUUGUUUUAACCUUGAACCUUUCAGUGAAACAUUUAUUCCUCUUUUGCUGCACUGUCUGCCUGGAGAAAGAGAGCACUUUAUUUAAUUUUGAUGAUUGUGAAUCUUUUAGAAGGGGAGGGGGAGGAUUGUGGGUUUAAAAUGGAACAUGUUCACUAAGAAACAUAUGGUAAACACUGGAAAAUUAUUUGUGAAUUAGUUGUCCUACUAGAAAAACAAAAUAGCAGUCCUUGUCCUUGGUGCAAUUCUGAUUUUUUUUUUCCUUGAGCAAAUGAGUAAGCAGUAAUUUAAAAGAGCAAAACUAUGUUUAUAAAAAAGAUAUGAAAACAUGUAUAUAAUAGCCUUUAUAGAGCGCAUUGUAUUUGCUGUACAUAUUGGCCAAAUGUGUUUAUGCAUAUGAACCAAUUCAGCUCUCCCUUAAUAGUUAUUUCUUUACUGUUCCAGAGUUAUAUCUGCCACUAAGGAGUUGCAAAUGCAUAACAAAAAGGAAUAUGUGGAGGGAAGUGACUUGAAGCUAGCCUUAAGUGUCAAAUAUAAAUGAUCAUAGUUCAGUAGCAUCACUACACUCCUAAAAAGAGAUGUUCUGUGUAGUGGGAUCCAUUAUAGUGCAGUGUUCAAACUGUGUCUUUGGUCAGAUGUUCUAGACAGCUACUGUCUUGAGCAUGAACCACAGAUCUGAAAAUCUUCUACCAGCAAUCCUUCAUCCCUGCUUGGGCAGACUUGCCAGAAUCAAGAGGUAUCUAACUAUAAUGUUCUGGAAAUAACUUAUACAUUUAACCUUAAUGGUUCAUAGGAGUAUAAGGUUGUAGAUCUCAGUGUAGAUUCUAACACUGCAAAUGAAAAUGCAUGUUUUAUCCUCAAGCAUACACUGACAUGCACAGACAGGAGUGCACACAGAAACUUAUCACUAGUGGAAUGAAGACUGACGCAAAUAAUUGCCCAAAUAGUUCAUAACAACCUCUCGUUUCUCCCGAAAUGUUAACGAAGAAACACAAUUAUGACCUCUAAAGGGUUGAACUGGUCUUUUUUAUUUGCAUUUAAUUUAAUUUUAUUGUACUUGCUUGCUGAGCUGAGUUCUCUUGUAUGUAAAUGUGAGCUUUCAGAGCGCUGUGACAAAGUUCAAUGACUACAAUAAAACAGAAUGUGUUUUUA